CUCCACGUGGUUCCCCCUAAAAACUAUCGUGCUGAAUUCCAGAUGUAUUCAUUACGAUGAACUAACCUGCUUUUUCAUUAUCAUCCCUAACUUGUGCCAUGCCAGCGCAUACCGUUAGCGCAGGCGGGGUUACCAUUUCAUUAUCAUUCAAUAAAAAUAACUACAAUUGUUAAGAGGAAGAAUAACAUACCCCACCAAGUCGACCUCCACGCGGUCUUCCAUCGUGGUUAACUCUGAAUAAUCUCGCCAUGAUAGACUAACUGCCAGCAUAUUCCGUUAGCGCAGGCUUAAAAAUGGAAUGGCAGGGGCUGCCAUCAUUCAUCAUAAAAAGUAGGGAGAACCACGAGGAGGUCGACCUGGUUGGAUAUAUUGCUAGCACUGGGAUUCUCAGUCUCCAUUACUAACAAUCCCUUUCUCUCCGAAAGAAUAACAUUAUUUUAACGAUUGUAAUACAAUUGAGGGUGGUGAUUAAAAAUAUAUUUCAUUUUGCUAAUAAUACAUGUCUUUAAUUAAAAAGAGCAGAAAUGAUGCCAUUAAAGCUGCUGUUACCUCCUACUUAGAACGACGAAACUAUCCUGAUGCAGACAUUUUCAAUACAAACUCUUUAAACCAAAGCGCUGAACAAAUGGCUGUUUCGUCAAUUGUCCAAUGUGAAUCAAGUCGCGCUAAUUCUAUACUCUUCUCUUGUAUCAAUAACGAUUCUGGGCAAUAUGAUGUACAGUAUACUAAAUUAGCCAACUUUAUAAAAGGUGUUAAAAUUGAGAAAGUAAAAAAUGAAUUGCUCGGUUUGUUGAGUCCACUACUUUGUCACCUAUAUCUUGAAAUGCUACGUGGAGGCCAUAGCAGUGCAGCUCAAGUAUUUCUUAAAAGACAUUCAGCAACACUGCCACAAAAAGAUUUGUCUUACCAUCAACCAAUCGAUGGUAAUUUACCAUCUGCAUUAUAUCGGCCGAACAGCCUUGAACAAUUAUUCAACUCUCUGCAAAAUGGAACAAUAGAUAAUGAAACACCAGAGAAAGACUACAUGAAUCAAAUACUUGAUGACAUUGGCUCUAUAUAUACCUUACAAGAGGUGGAAACAAGACCAUCUAUAGCUGCUUUUAGGUCCUCCAAAUAUGAUAUCUCUUUGUCUCAAGAUGCACUCAACAUGUUAAAGGCAUAUCUAGCCAAACAUGGGCAUGUAUUAUUAAUACAAGUACUACAAACGUGGUUUUACAUGGAUAUAAAUAAUGAUGGCAACAAAAAGAAUUUGGAGGAUGAUGAUGAGCAGUUAGAUGAGGAUAUUAAUGUCAUAAGAAGAAAUUCUCAAGAAAAAAAUCUAGAUUUAAAUGAUAUAUUUUCCAAAUGCAACGGUCAUGCAGAAUAUCAAACAAAUGUUGAUAAGGAAUUAAAAGAUCUUCAAGAUGCAAUAAGAGGAGUCAGAGAAUCUAUGGCGCCACUUAAAUUGUAUAAAAUAGCUGCACCAGAUGCUCAAUUAUUUAAGACUGAGACAAUGGCACAUAACUUAAUCUGUGCAAAAACAGAUUCUAAUUGCAACAUGUUAUGUGCAGGAUUUAAUAAUUCGGAAAUUAGACUUUGGGAUCUUGGUCAAAAUAAUAUUAAAAGAAGAAUAAAUCGCAAUAUUUCUGAAAUUGAAUUAGCAUGUUAUAUCCCACCAGAACCAUCACCUGAAGAUAAUACUCUACAAAUAGGCGCAGGUUUACCUCUGAGAGGUCACUCGGGCCCAAUACAAGCUUUAGAUGUACUUUGGCAAGAAGAAUUGGUCCUUUCUGCCUCACAUGACAAUACAAUGAGAGCUUGGAGGUUAACUGAUUACUCCUGUGCUGCCAUUUAUAGGGGUCACAAUUAUCCGAUAUGGUGUAUGGACGUAUCAAAAAAUGGUCUCUCUGUUGUUACCGGAUCUCACGAUAAGACUGCAAAGCUGUGGUCUCUCGAUAGGACAUUUCCUAUACGUGUAUUUGUCGGUCAUAUGUCUGAUGUAACUUCUGUGAAGUUCCACCCCAACGAGGCGUACAUAGCGAGCGGCGGCGCCGACCGCAGCGUGCGGCUGUGGCGAGUAUGUGACGCGCGUCUGGUACGAGUACUGGUUGGACACCGCGCCGCAGUGCGGGCGCUUGCCUUCGCGCCGUCUGGGAACUAUCUUGCCAGUGCCGGAGAUGAUAAGAAAAUAAAAGUUUGGGAUCUAGCUGCAUGCACGUGUGUACAUGAGUAUCGAGGACACCAUGGCAAAGUGACCGCACUUGAUUGGUCUGCAGUGGGAAAAGCAAGCCUGACAAACAGAAUUGUAGUAGACCAUAAUGACUUGAAUGUUGAAAAUUCUCUGUUAUGUUCAACAGGAAUGGAUGGUAUUGUCAAAGUAGUAUGGGAUAAUCAAACAAAAAAUAAACCAGUCUCCAGUCAAGAUGUACAGUCUGCUACAUACAACACAAAGUGCUCAUAUCUUGUAGAUGUACAAGUUCAUCCGGAUUGGGUAGUAGCUAUUGGAACUAAAAGAUAAAAUAAUUAAUGUAUAAUUAAUGUCAAUAAUAAACAUUCACUAUUA